AUGCCCCUGCAGCGCAGGCUGCUGCUAACCCUGCUGCUCGCGCUGUCAGCCGCAGGGCUGGCAGCAGGCGCGGCGGCAGGCGCGGCGGCAGCGGCAGGGCCGCCGGCGGCCGAGGGGAGCACCGCCGGCGCAGGCGGCUCCCACAAGCAGCUGCCUGAUGCGCCGCAAGAGGAGGGGGAGGAGGAGAUAGAGCGGCAUCACCAAGCGAUUAAUGCAUGGGCAGACAGGCGAGCGGGCCAUGGAGGGCCAGGGCGGUUUCGCGAGGACCAAGCGCAGCGCAGCGCGGCCGACAACCGGCCCCCUACAGCAGGCGCCAGCAUGGCGGGGCUCGGCAGCUGCGGCGUGGACCAACAAAGCCUCCCCGUGAGCAGGGACUUCUUGGUGGUGGUUGCGGCAGGCAACAACUUCGACUCUGGCGCAUGGAUGGACCGCCCUGAGCUCGCCAACUGGGAUCUGGUGGUGCUCUACUUCGGCACCCGCCCGCACACAUUCGCCUGCCCGCGCUGCAAGGCGGUGUACGCGGCGGGCGGCGCCAAGUGGCGGCUGGCAUACCGCUUCACCCUGAGCGAGGAGUGGCCGCAGUACCGCCAGCGGUACAAAGCCAUCAUGCUGCCUGAUGAUGACCUGACGGCGAGCAGCUCAGCCCACCGGAUUGGGCCGACCGCGCGUUGCUGCAGCUUUGACCGCCCAGCAAACUUAGCCCGCUGGCAGCGUCGUGACGUCGACACCUGCACCAUCAACACUGUGUUCAGCAUGAUGGCCGCCUACCAGCUGCUGCUGGCACAGCCCAGCCUGUGCGGGGGCGCGCACAACACGCAUGGUGUGGUGUUCCAGAACACCAGCAACGCGUUGCGCUUCACGACGUUUGUUGAGGUCAUGGCUCCUACCUUCCAGUAA